GCGGGAGCACAAGAGUGGCAGUGAGAAACACAUCUAAAUCCUGAUAUCAAAUCAAACAUCACUGAAUUAAUGUGUUUGCGUGUCUUGUUCAGUUGGUGUCAGGAUGGCGUCAGAUGAUGUGGCUCGACUCGCUGAAUCGCUGGCUAAAACUCAAGUCAAUGAGGGAGAACUGAGUUAUAAAGGACAGGGACUUAAACUGGACAACAAACAGUCUGUGGAGCAGAUGGUGAAGGAGAUUGAGGAGUUCGAUGGUUUGCGUGCGCUCAGACUGGAAGGAAACACCAUCGGUGUGGAGGCGGCACAAACCAUCGCCAAAGCCCUGGAGAAUAAGAGUGACCUGCAGUGUUGUCACUGGAGUGAUAUGUUCACCGGCCGCCUGCGUCCUGAGAUUCCCCCCGCACUGGUGUCUCUGGGUGAUGCGUUAAUCACAGCUGGAGCUCGGCUGAAGGUACUGGACCUGAGUGACAACGCUUUUGGACCUGAUGGAGUGAAAGGCAUUGAGAAGCUGCUCAAGAGCGCCGCCUGCCACACGCUGCAGGAACUGCGCCUGAACAACUGCGGAAUGGGCAUCGGUGGAGGAAAGAUUCUGGCCGCAGCUCUGACGGAGUGUCAUAAGGAAUCGAGCGCGCUCGGCGCCCCCUUGCAGCUGAAGGUGUUCAUUGCAGGCAGGAACAGACUGGAGAAUGACGGAGCCACAGCGCUGGCACAAGCCUUUCAGCUGAUUGGCAGUCUGGAGGAAGUGCACAUGCCCCAGAAUGGCAUAAAUUACCCAGGAGUCUCUGCUUUAGCCACAGCGAUGCAGCACAACCCGCAGCUGCGAGUGAUCAACCUCAAUGACAACACGUUUACCAAGAGAGGCGCUGUCGCAAUGGGACAGGUGCUGAAACAUCUACGCAACGUUCAGGUGAUCAACUUUGGUGACUGUCUCGUUCGGUCAGAAGGAGCUCUUGCCAUCGCAGAUGCCCUUAGAGAAGGACUGCCGAUACUGAAGGAGUUGAAUCUGUCGUUUGGGGAGAUCACUGAAGAUGCUGCUCUGGAAGUCGCUCGAUCUGUCGACAAAAAAGAUCAGUUUGAAAAACUCGACCUCAACGGAAACAGUCUGGGUGAAGAAGGUUGUGACAAUCUGAGAGAGGUCAUGGAGAGCAUGAACAUGGGCGAGAAACUGGGAUCUCUGAGUGAUGACGAGGGAGAACCAGAGGAAGAUGAUGAUGAUGAUGAUGACGACGAUGAGGAGGAGGAGGAGGAUGAUGAUGAAGAUGUGGAGGAGGAGGAAGAAGAAGAAGAGGAAGAGGAGGAGGGAGAGGAGAGCGAAUCAAAUCAGUUUUCAACGCCGCCCUCAGCUCCUCGUCCUCCAGAUGUCUCGUCUUUCCUGAGUUUUCCAUCUCCAGACAAACUGCUGCGACUUGGUGCGAAGAGAAGCUUCCUCAUCCAACAGCAGGUGGACGUGUUGGAUGCGGGUAAAAUAGCAGAAGUGUUUCUGAAGAUCUCCUCUGUGUAUAAAGAGGAAGACAGCGAGGUGAAAUCAGCCGUGUUGGAGAGUAUCGAUGCAGUGAUGAGUAAAGCUUUCUCCACACCCUCAUUCCAGGGUUUGAGUUUUGUCUCGUCGCUGCUGGUGAUGCUCGGACUGUUGAAGAGUGAAGAUAAGCUGAAGCCGGUGAAAGUCGUCCCAGGACACCUUCAGUGUUUGGAACAUGCAGUAAAACAGCGUUAUUUCCCCCGGGAAAACGUCACUGUCCUGAACGCUUUCAUGGCCAGACCGAAUAAAUCACUGGAGUGCUGCGGUAGUGCUCGAGACCGCCUGAAAUCCACCAUACAAAACCUCACAUCAGAGAGCUGAACACACACACACACACACACACACACACACACACACACACACACACACACACACACACACACUCACUCACUCCAGAGAUGCAACAUGUGAUUUUACCCCAGUCCACUCUUCCAUCUGAUUGUUUAUGUCAUACUUUCAUAACAUGUCUUGAAACCUUA